ACGCCCUGCAUGCCCACCCAGAGAGAGGCCACGCAGGCUAGGCACACGACAUGGCCAUCCGCAGUGGUUCUGCCUUUGGCUGCGUGAGCGUGAGUCCAUGAUGCCAGAAGCCAGCAGGAGCAGGUUGCACAUUCUUCGCGAGGAGUUAUGAAAAGGAGGAAGCCGGCCAGGAUACCAGAACACUGGAAUUAUCCUCCUGGAGCGCCGGAGCGCCAGCAUUCUACAGGGGAAGAUGUGGACAAGGAAUCUUAUGGCAAGAGCCUUAUAUGACAAUGUUCCAGAAUGUGCUGAGGAACUGGCCUUUCGCAAGGGAGACAUCCUGACUGUCAUUGAGCAGAAUACUGGGGGUCUAGAAGGAUGGUGGCUGUGCUCCCUACACGGUCGGCAAGGCAUUGUCCCUGGCAACCGGGUGAAGCUUCUGAUUGGUCCUGUGCAGGAGACCCCCUCCAAUCAUGAACCGGCUAUCUCUGGACCCAAGCACCAGCCCUUUGGCCAACACAUGCUCUACCAAGUGCCAAACUCACAGGCAGCAUCUCGUGACACUGUCUACCAAGUGCCACCUUCCUACCAGAAUCAGGGAAUUUACCAAGUACCCACGGGCCACGCUGCUCAAGAACAAGAUGUGUAUCAAGUGCCACCAUCACAGAGAAGCACUGGGGGCACCAAUGGUCCCCACUUAAGUAAAAAGGUGAUCACCCCGGUGAGGACCGACCACGGCUAUGUAUACGAGUACCCAUCCAGAUACCAAAAGGACGUCUACGACAUCCCUCCUUCCCAUACCACUCAAGGGGUGUAUGACAUCCCACCCUCAUCCAUGAAAGGCGCUGUGUUUUCUGUUCCAGUGGGAGAGAUAGAACCUCAAGGGGUGUAUGACAUCCCUCCUACUAAAGGGAUCUAUGCCAUCCCACCUUCUGUCUACCGAGAUGAAGCAGGGCUGAGGGAAAAGGAAUAUGAUUUCCCCUCUCCAAUGAAACAAGCUGGAAGGGUGGACACCAGACCCGAGGGGGUUUAUGACAUCCCCCCCACCAGCACCAAGCCAGGGGCCAAGGACCCACACCCGAAGCUCAGUUAUGACGGGCCAGGGGCUGCUGAGCCUGUGGCGCGGAGGCACCAGAGCCUUUCCCUGCACCGCCCCUCCCCCCCAGGCCCUCACAAUGAUGCCUAUGAUAUACCCCGAGGAGUUCAGUUUCUGGAGCCACCAGCAGAAGCCAGUGAGAAAACCAGCCUUGAAGAAAGAGAUGGUGUUUACGAUGUCCCUCUGCACAACCCCCCAGACACUAAAGGCUCUCGGGAUGUGGUAGAUGGCAUCAACCGGUUGUCUUUCUCCAGCACAGGGAGCACCAGGAGUAACAUGUCCACAUCGUCCACCUCCUCAAAGGAGUCCUCAUUGUCAGCCUCGCCGCCUCAGGACCAAAGGCUCUUCCUGGAUCCAGACUCGGCCAUCGAGCGACUCCAUCGGCUCCAGCAGGCCCUGGAGGUGGGGGUCUGCAGCCUCAUGGCCCUGGUGACCACAGACUGGCGGUGCUAUGGGUACAUGGAAAGGCACAUCAAUGAGAUCCGCGCAGCCGUGGAGAAGGUGGAGCUGUUGCUGCGUGACUACCUCCACUUUGCCAAGGGAGCUGUAGCAAAUGCCUCUUGCCUCCCAGAACUCGUGCUGCACAACAAAAUGAAGCGGGAGCUCCAGAGAGUGGAAGACUCCCACCAGAUCCUCAGCCAAACCAGCCAUGACUUAAAUGAAUGCAGCUGGUCCCUGAAUAUCCUGGCCAUCAACAAACCCCAAAACAAAUGUGAUGACCUGGACCGGUUUGUGAUGGUGGCCAAGACAGUGCCUGAUGAUGCCAAACAGCUGACCACCACCAUCAACACCAACGCAGAAACCCUCUUCAGACCAGGCCCUGGCAGUUUGCAACUCAAGAAUGGGCCUGAGAGCAUCAUGAACUCAACCGAGUACCCACAUGCUGGCUCCCAGAUGCAGCUGCUACGCCCUGGGGACUGCAAGGCCCAGGCCCACAACAAGCCAAUGCCCCCCAUCCUGGGCAAGGACCAGCCACCCGACUGUAGCAGCAGCGAUGGCUCUGAGAGGAGCUGGAUGGAUGAUUAUGAUUAUGUCCACCUCCAGGGUAAAGAGGAGUUUGAGAGGCAACAGAAGGAGCUGUUGGAAAAAGAGAAUAUCAUCAAACAGAGCAAGACGCAGCUGGAACAUCACCAGCUGAGUCAGUUCCAGCUAUUAGAGCAAGAAAUUACAAAGCCUGUGGAGAAUGACAUCUCCAAAUGGAAGCCCUCUCAGAACCUCCCAACCACAAACAACAGUGUGGGUGCCCAGGACAGACAGCUGCUCUGCUUCUACUAUGACCAGUGUGAGACCCACUUUAUAUCCCUCCUCAAUGCCAUUGACGCCCUCUUCAGCUGUGUCAGCUCAGCCCAACCUCCUCGGAUCUUUGUGGCCCACAGCAAGUUUGUCAUCCUCAGUGCACACAAACUAGUGUUCAUUGGAGACACGCUGACAAGGCAGGUGACUGCACAGGAUAUCCGCAACAAAGUCAUGAACUCCAGCAACCAGCUCUGUGAGCAGCUCAAGACAAUAGUUAUGGCGACCAAGAUGGCCGCCCUCCACUACCCCAGCACCACUGCUCUGCAGGAGAUGGUCCACCAGGUGACAGACCUGUCUAGGAACGCUCAGCUCUUCAAGCGCUCUUUGUUAGAGAUGGCAACGUUCUGAGGAGAAGAGGAGGAGAGGGGACUACAUGAAUGGUUACCUAAGGAAAACUGGAAUAUCUAUCUGGUUUUUGUAAAUGUUAUCUAUUUUUGUAGAUAUUUUAUAUGAAAAUGAAAUAUUUUAACAUUUUAUGAGUUAGACAACUUUCAGAAAUUCAGGGAGCUGGAGAGGGAAAUCUUUUUCUUUUUCCCUGUGUAGUCCUUAUGUAUACAUACAAGUAUCUAAGACAGCUGUACAGAAACAUGUCAGUGUAUGUGGAUCACUCUGUAUUCAUGGGGUUUUCUCUUUGUAGAAGUUUGCCUGAUACAUUCCAUUUAAAAAACAUGAAUUAUGAAGCACCUUAGAAAGCACCUCCAAAUGCUGCAUUUUGGAGGUUUUUAAAUAUUGCUAUUGUUUAGAAAAUGUUUCAACUGGUUGUGAUAUUGCUCUACCUGUAGUAGUGGAGACUGCACCCGGCACAUACAAAUCUGAGAAAUACAGUAUAUUUACAAGCAUUUACCUCCCACACAGUAAAGCAUUGCAUGCUUUAUUCUUGUUUUAAACAUCUUUCAAAAUUGAUUGCUGGAACAUAUUAUGGCAAAUCACCUGCUUCUGGUUGAAAAGAUCUCUUGAAAAGUGAGUUUCAGAAAAUAUAUGGGGUUUUUGUUGUUUCGUUUUUGGUUUUGUCUUUUUGA